GCGGGUCAUUGCCAGCCAUGCAGCCGACCAGGCCCUAGCCCAGGAGCACCGGGGGCUGCCGGGGGGCCGGCUCCUCAGGCCCGCAACGCCUGCCCCCCUCCAGCCCAGCGCAGCGCAGCCCAGGUCAGGCCAGCGCAACCCCAGCGGAGCGCAACCCCAGCGGAGCGCAAACCCCAGCCCAGCGCAGCCCCAGCCCAGCGCAGCUCGGCGGAGCGCAUCCCCAGCGGAGCGCAUCCCCAGCGGAGCGCAGCCCCAGCAGAGCGUAGCUCCAGCCCAGCGCAGCCCAGCGGAGCGCACCAUGGAGCGCAGACUGCAGGCCCUGGACAGGCUGGUGCGCGGGGAGCGCGGGGGCCCGGAGCCGGCCGGCUUCCUGGACGGGCUGCUGGACCUCCUGCUGGGGCUGCACCAGGAGCUCUCCAGCGCCCCCCUGCGCCGGGAGAGGAACGUGGCGCAUUUCCUCAACUGGGCUGCCCCCUUGGUGACACUGGUGAAAGAGCUGAGGCACCAGAGGGAUGAUUUUGAGAUCCUCAAAGUGAUUGGCCGGGGGGCCUUUGGGGAGGUCGCUGUGGUGAGACAAAAGAACACUGACCGGAUCUUUGCCAUGAAGAUGCUGCAUAAAUGGGAGAUGCUGAAGAGGGCCGAGACCGCCUGCUUCCGGGAGGAGCGAGACGUCCUGGUGAAGGGAGAUGGCCGCUGGGUGACGACGCUCCAUUGUGCUUUCCAGGAUGAUGACUAUCUGUACUUGGUCAUGGACUACUAUGCUGGUGGAGACCUGCUGACCUUGCUGAGUCGUUUUGAGGACCGGCUGCCCCCCGAGCUGGCCCAGUUCUACCUGGCUGAGAUGGUGCUAGCCAUCCACUCCCUUCACCAGCUGGGCUACGUGCACAGGGACGUCAAGUUGGACAACGUGCUCCUGGACACAAGUGGACACAUUCGCCUGGCUGACUUUGGCUCCUGCUUACGGCUCAACGCCAACGGAAUGGUGGACUCCUCGGUGGCUGUUGGCACCCCUGACUACAUCUCCCCUGAGAUCCUCCAGGCCAUGGAGGAAGGAAAGGGCCACUAUGGGCCACAGUGCGACUGGUGGUCCCUGGGCGUCUGCAUGUAUGAGCUGCUCUUUGGAGAAACCCCCUUCUACGCUGAGUCUCUGGUGGAGACCUAUGGCAAGAUCAUGAACUACGAGGACCACCUGCAGUUUCCCUCCGACGUCCCCGAGGUGUCAGAGAGUGCCCGGGACCUGAUCCGCAAACUCCUGUGUCGCCAGGAGGAGAGACUGGGCCAGGGGGGCCUGGAUGACUUCCGGGGGCACCCCUUCUUUGAGGGGGUGGACUGGGAACAGCUCCCAAGCAGCACUGCCCCCUACAUUCCGGAGCUCCAGGGGCCCAUGGACACCUCCAACUUUGACGUGGACGAUGACACCCUUAACCACCCGGGCACCCUGCCGCCUGCAUCCCAUGGGACCUUCUCCGGCCACCACCUGCCUUUUGUGGGUUUUACCUUCACCCCCAGGCCCAGCUCGGAAGAGAGCCCUGACCUGCCAGCCUCCAGUUUGGAGCGGAGAAUGCGGAGCCUGGAGCAGGAGAAGGCAGAGCUGAGUCACAAACUGCAAGAUGCCCUGCAGAAAGCCACCCCUGGCCGCAAGGAGCUGGAGCAGCUGAAGAAGGAGGUGGAAACCCUCCGGAGGAAGCUGGCAGAAGCCCCGGCUGAGGGUGCCCCCGGUGGGAGGCCGACCCCUGGGAGCAACUGGCAGGUGGAAAGAGACCAGCUCUGCCAGGAGCUGUCAGAGGCCCGGGCCCAGCUGCAGGCCCAGGCCCAGGAGCUGGUCUUCUCUGAUGGGAGGCAGAAGGAUCUGCAGCAGAGGCUUCAGGAGGCCGAGGAGGCCGCGGGAGCUGCCAGGAGCCAGGCCCGGGCCCUGAGCCACCAGCUGGAGUAUGCCCGGGAAGCCCAGACCCAGCUGGAGGCCCAGGUGGCAGCCCUGAGCAGCGAUGUGACACGGCUCCGGAAGCAGAGGGAGAGAAGCCGGGAGAAGGAGAGGUCCAGAGUCAAGGCUAUCCAUCCCCCGCCUGAGACCAAUGGCUCUGCCCCUCUGAGCCCUGCGGGGGCUGGCCAGCAGGAGGCCCUGAAGAAGGAGGUGGAAGCUCUGAGAUCUCAGCUGGACCAGGCUCGGAGCCAGGGCACCCCCAGCCCGAGAGGGAAGGAUGAACUGUCCCAGCUGCAGGAGGAGAACAGAUGUCUGAUGCGGGAGCGGGAGCAGCUGUCCAGAGAACUGGAAGAGGAGAAGCAGAUCAAGAAACAGCUGGAAGGAGAGAGGCGGGAGAGGGAGAACAGCUGGGAGGCCCAGAUUUCCGAUAUCCUCACCUGGGUGAAUGACGAGAAGGUCUCUCGAGGCUACCUGCAGGCUCUGGCCACCAAAAUGGCGGAGGAGCUGGAGGCCUUACGCACUGCGGGCACCCAGACGCUCCCGGCCCGGCCGCUGGACCACCAGUGGAAGGUCCGGCGGCUCCAGAAGAUGGAGGCCUCGGCCAAGCUGGAGCUGCAGUCUGCACUGGAGGCUGAAAUCCGAGCCAAGCAGAGCCUUCAGGAGGAGCUGGGCCGGGUGCAGGAAGCCCAGCGCCAAGGGGAGAGCCUCCUGCAGGAAGCCGAGAAGCGAAACCAGGUGCUGCAGCAGGAACUGGCCACUCUGAGGGAGGAGCUGAAGGCCCGGGGGCAGGGGGAUUCCAAACCGUCCAAUUCCCUGAUUCCAUUCCUGUCCUUUCGGAGCUCAGAGAAGGAUGCUUCGAAGGACCCUGCCAGCUCCCCAGACAUGCCCGAUUCCUGGUGCCCCGGUGCCGAGGCAGAGCUACGGCUGGAGGGCCGCCGCAGCAUGAGGAUGGGGGCUGUGUUUCCUCGAGCCCCUGCCCCAGCUCCAGCUGACAGUCCUCCGGCCAAGCCUGGUUCCCAUAACCUGCGCCCCCGGAGCUUCCUGUCCCCCACCAAGUGUCUAAGAUGCACCUCGCUCAUGCUUGGCCUCAGCCGCCAGGGGCUGGCCUGUGAAGUCUGCAGUUACUUCUGCCAUUCUACCUGUGCCCCCCUGGCUCCUCCCUGCCCUGUGCCCCCUGAGCUACUCCGGACGGUCCUGGGGGUCAACGCCGAGACUGGCAUCGGUACAGCUUACGAGGGCUUCCUGUCGGUGCCACGCCCCUCGGGGGUGCGCCGCGGCUGGCAGAGGGUGUUUGCCGUGCUCAGCGACCUCCGCCUCCUCCUGUAUGACGCCCCUGACCCGAAGCUCUGCCCCGCGAGCAGUGCGCUCAUCCAGACACUGGACUUGAGGGACCCCCGGUUCUCAGCCGCCCCGGUCCUAGCAUCUGAUGUCAUCCAUGCACAGUCCCGGGACCUACCUCGCAUCUUCAGGGUAACGGCAUCCCAGCUGACCGUGCCCCCCACCCUGUGCUCUGUGCUGCUGCUGGCUGACAGUGAGGUGGAGAGGGCCCGCUGGCUGCAGGUCCUGGGGGAGCUGCAUCGCCUCCUGACGGACAUGCGGCCCCGGCCUCUCCCCGUCUACACCCUGAAGGAGGCCUAUGACAACGGGCUGCCCCUGCUACCCCACGCCCUCUGCGCGGCCAUCAUUGACCAAGAGCGCCUGGCCCUGGGCACCGAAGAAGGGCUCUACGUCAUUCACCUGCACACCAACGAUAUCUUCCAGGUGGGUGAGUGUAAGCGGGUCCAGCGCCUGGCAGUCAGCCAGCCUGCGGGGCUCCUGGCCGCACUGUGUGGCCGCGGCCCCAGCAUCCGCCUUUUCGCUCUGGAUGAACUAGAGAGUGGCGAGGUGGCGGGGGCGAAGAUUGCCGAGUCCAGGGGCUGUCAGAGCCUGGCAGCAGGCCGGGUCUUGCAGGCCAGCACGGCUGUACUCUGUGUGGCCGUCAAGCGGCAGGUCCUCUGCUACCAGCUGGGGCCUGGCCCUGGGCCCUGGCACCGGCGCAUCCGAGAACUGCAGGUGCCCGGGCCGGUGCAGAGCCUGGCGCUGGUGGGGGACCGGCUGUGCGUGGGGGCUGCUGGAGCCUUUGCGCUCUACCCACUGCUCAAUGAGGCGGCCCCUCUGGUGCUGGGCUCGGGGCUGGCCGCUGAGGGGCUGGGCCCCAGUGAGGCGCUGGGCGCCGUCGAGCUCAGCCUCAGUGAGUUCCUACUCCUCCUCUCCACGGCUGGGGUCUAUGUGGACAGGACAGGAAAGAAGUCCAGGAGUCAGGAGCUGCUCUGGCCUGCGGCCCCCAUAGGCUGGGGCUACACAGCCCCCUACCUGACAGUGUUCAGCGAGAAUGCCAUUGACGUGUUUGAUGUCCGGAAGGCAGAGUGGGUCCAGUCUGUGCCGCUCAAGAAGGUCCGUCCCCUGAACCCCGAGGGCUCCCUUUGUCUCUAUGGCUCUGAGAAAGUCCGACUGACCUACCUCAGGAAUCGGCUGGCAGAGAAGGACGAGUUCGACAUCCCCGACCUGACCGACAACAGCCGGCGGCAGCUCUUCCGUACCAAGAGCAGACGUCGCUUUUACUUCCGAGUCUCUGAGGAGCAGCGCCAGCAGCAGCGCAGGGAGAUGCUGAAGGACCCCUUUGUGCGCUCUAAGCUCAUCUCUCUGCCAACGAACUUCAGCCACCUGGCCCACAUGGGUCCUGAGGAUGGGAGGCCAGAGCCACCCUCGGCUCCUGAGGACAAGGGUCGAGGAGGAGGCCGCGGUCGGGGCCCCAUGAGGCCCCACAGCUUUUCGGAGGCUCCCCGACGGCCCGCCUCCAUGGGCAGUGAGGUCCCCGUGCCAGACAUAGACUCCGUGAGGAGGAAGCCCAGGACGUCCCUCUCCAGCGAGUCGGUGUCCUGUAGCCAGGGCCCCUUGAGUCCAGCGGCCUCUUUGAGCCAGAUCUCAGACCGUCCCCGGAGCCUUCCCCCCGCCCCUGUAUCAGAGAGUUCCCGCUGAGCCACCCUGGCUGUGAAUACCAGCCCCUCCCCACGCCAGCCCCAGGGAGGGGCAAUGGAAGGAGGAAAGUGACCGGUGGUGGAGUGUUUUGGACCCAGGAAGGGGCUGGAGCGCCCCCUGCUGGCCAGGGUGGUAUGCAGGAAGGGAUGGCCGCAGCAGGGUCCAGGCUCAGGCAGCUGGAUCCCUGCCCCCGGAGCUCCCAGACCAGGGGCGGCUCGAACCCUAUGAUCCCAAUGUCCAACCUUCCCUCGUCCACCCAGCCCCGCCCACAGAGUCAGCCAAGCAUCCCACCUCCCCUGCUCAGCGCCUGGUGGGGGAUCCAGCUUGUGCCAAAGCCCUGGGGCCCCGGGCAUCGGUGGGUGCUCUUGGAAUGGAAGGGCGGGGAGGGGGGCAGCCUCUGCCCACCCCCUCCCUUCUGGACCUCUGUAGGACACACUGGGAAUGGGCCCAGUGGGCUUCUGAUCCGGAAGGGAAGGGCCGCACUUUGGGGAGGUGGAAGGAGGAGCCCCAGCUGGCAAGUUUGGGGGGAUGGAGGGGAAGGGGAGCAAUGGGACCUGUCAGCUGCUGGCCCCGCCUCCUCUGCCAGGGUAUAAAUGAGGCGGAGCCCCAGGGAGACAACAUGCUGAGAGAAUAAGGCGGAUGUGGGGACUCAGGUGAGAGAAGGAAGGGGGAAGGAGAGAAAGAAAUGGAGCUAGAGAAGGGGGAAGAGGAGAGCCGGGAGAAAAGGUGGAGCACGGGAAGAGGACUGGAUUUGGACACAGGAUCUGGGAUCAUCAGUCAGUCAACGCUUAGGAAGCGCCUACUAUGUGCCCGGCACUGUGCUAAGGGCUGGUCCCCUCACCUCCCUGGGCCUAGGCGUCUCUAAGGUGCUUCCAGACCUAAGUCCUAGGAUCCCGCGAUCCCACGAGAGGGAGGGCAGAAGGACGGGAGGAAGAGACGGGGCAGAAGAAAGAGGGAGAAGGUGGACCGUGGGGCAAAGGGGUGAAAGGAGGGGCUAAAGAAGAAUGGAGGAGGAGGAGCAUGGUGCUGGGGGCGUAGGGAGGCAGAAGAGUGAUAGAGGAAAAGCAGGCAGGACCGAAAAGGGGCGGGGCUUCUCUGGAGCUGGGCUGGAGGGAGCUUCCCGUCAUCCAAGCCUGGAGAUGGAGAUGAUGGGGGAGGGGAGAGGGGUUCAGGGAUUAUUUAUGAGGGGCUAAAUUGUGUGGGAUGGGGAGGGCUUCGGGGAAUGGGGAUAAGGGGUGCUGCGGGAUCCGUUCUGAUUUGGAUUAUCUAACCCUUUAUUUGGAGAGGGGGAAAGUUUCAGACAACUCUGUAUUGGGGAGCUAUAUGGGGGGAUUUCAUUAUUGUUAUUAUUGUGGUUAUUAUUAUUAUUAUUAUUAUUAUUAUUAUUAUUAAACCUUCUGCUAUCUCAGUCGGGGGGACAAGCCAGGUAUUUAUCUGACGGACACUGUUUGUGGAAGGAUCAACACCAAUAUUUGAUGUGACAAAAGAAAUCUAAUAAAGAUGUCUUUAUAAGCUGC